AGGAUAGAAACUGGCCACAUCCUCAUUCUUUGACCCGAAUAGAUGUGAGGUAACCCGAUUUGAACCGAAACGUCUCGUGGGUCGAAACCCAUUUAGGGUUCAGUAAUUAGGGUUUAAGGGUUUUCAUUUUUCUCAUUUUCCCUCUUUGAUUCUCAAUUUUCUUUCAAAUUUCUUCAUUUCAACACAAAUAUCGAAUAAUUACUCGAUUUUUUCUCUCUCUCACAGAUGCAAAAUCUCUAAUGCAUCAACGUAUAGUAUUAUCCAGUUAUCAGGUACUUAAAUUUACUUCAGUUUUCUCACCAAAAAUCAGUUCUUUAUUUAUCCCACAAUUAAAUAUUUGUAACCCUAGAAGAAAUAAUGGGUUUACUAUAUUUCGUGCAUUUAUGUAUACUUCCACUCACUCUAAUAAUAGAAGAACACCUGACCCUAAUGAUCCAGCCACCUUAAUGAAAGAAGAUGGUAUAUCACUUUGUUGUAAAAUGUGGAUUGAUAGUUUUCGAGAAACCGAUAAAACGGUUACUAAUUUAACUGAUUAUUUAAGGAGAUUUGAAUUGUGGGUAUUGGCUUAUCAAAAGGUUAGUGCUGAUGAUACCGGUGCGUAUAUGCCACGGAGUGGGAUUACGCGUUCAGCACUUGAGGAUUUAUUGGCAUUGAGAAAUGCAGUUCUUGAUAAUAGAUUUAAAUGGGGUGCUAGGUUGGAGUUUUUUAUUAGAUCGCCGAGGGAUAAGACGGAUUAUGAGUCGUUGUCUAAAAGGAAGAUUAAAGCUAUCUUGACUACAACACAGCCAAGUCCAUUUCAAGAUAGGAUUGUGCAGGAAGUGUUGUUUAUGAUAUUGGAACCGAUUUAUGAGGCUCGGUUUUCACAAAAGUCUUUUGCUUUUCGACCUGGAAGGACUGCGCAUACAGCUUUGAGGGUUAUUAGGAGAAGCUUUGCGGGGUAUUUGUGGUAUAUAAAAGGAGAUUUAAGUACUGUUUUGGAUGGGAUGAAGGUUGGGAUGGUCAUUAGUGCUUUAAUGAGGGAUGUUAGAGAUAAGAAGGUUGUUGAUUUGAUAAAGGCUGCGUUAACUACUCCUGUGAUAACUACCACUGAUGAUGGUGAGAAAAAGAAGAAGAUAAAAAGAAAGUAUCAGAAGAAGAGAGUUCUAGCAGAUGAUGAGCCGAAGCCUGAUCCAUACUGGCUGGAAUCAUUCUUUGGGUUUGCUCCAGAAGAGGCUGAGAAAGUUCCUUCGUGGGGGCAUUGUGGUAUACUCAGUCCACUUCUGGCUAAUGUUUGCCUUGAUGAGUUGGACCGCUGGAUGGAAGGUAAGAUUCAGGAGUUUUAUCGGCCUUCGAAGAAUGAUGUCAUUUGGAAUAGUCCAGAAGGGGAAGUAGAACAAGGAAAUACUUCUUGGCCCGAAUUUGUUCCUACUAGUGGGCCUGACAAGACCAGGAAGAUUGACUACAUCCGUUUUGGUGGUCACAUUCUUAUAGGGGUAAGGGGACCAAGAGCAGAUGCUGCAACACUAAGAAAGCAGUUGAUUGAGUUUUGUGAUCAGAAAUACAUGCUCAAGCUUGAUAAUGAGAGCCUUCCUAUUGAACACAUUACGAAAGGUAUUAUGUUUCUUGAUCAUGUAUUGUGCCGUAGAGUAGUCUAUCCCACACUCCGAUAUACUGCUACUGGUGGGAAAAUCAUUAGUGAAAAAGGUGUAGGGACACUGUUGUCUGUCACAGCUAGCCUGAAACAGUGCAUUAGACAAUUUAGAAAGUUGAAUUUUCUCAAGGGCGACAGGGAUCCAGAUCCACAGCCGUGUUUUCGGAUGUUUCACGCUACUCAAGCUCAUACAAAUGCUCAGAUGAAUAAGCUUUUAUCAACAAUGGUGGAAUGGUUCAGGUAUGCUGAUAAUAGAAAAAAGAUUGUUAACUUUUGUUCUUAUAUCAUUAGGGGUUCACUUGCUAAGCUCUAUGCUGCAAAGUACAAGCUUCGGUCACGAGCAAAGGUUUACAAGGUUGGUUCUAGGACUCUUAGUCGUCCUCUGAAGGAGAAAAAGGGGCAGUCACCAGAAUACCAUAAUUUGUUGAGGAUGGGUCUGGUGGAAUCAAUAGAUGGGCUCAUGUACACCCGCAUGUCCUUGGUACCGGAAACCGAUUAUACCCCCUUUCCAAUGGCUUGGAGGCCCGAUCAUGAGAAGGCACUGCUGGAGUAUAUAAAGCUGAGUGACCGGAAAACUUUGGAGGAGCAACAGAACUGCCUUAAAGAUCAAGGUCUGAUCUCACCUCAGGAUUACAUUUCAAUGCUUGUCUGGAACUACAAAAGAAAUGCUGUUCCAGUAGAUCAGAAAAGUUUGUUACUGGGCACAGGUGAGGAGAAAGUUAAUGUAAGAAAUGAAAGUGAUGAAGUUGAUGAAGAAGGGGUAUAUGCAGAAGAAGGUUAAGGGAGAUUAGAGUUUUUGGAGGUCCUUUAGGCAUUUUGUUCUUCCGACAGAAAAGCAGAUACUAUAACAUUUUAUGGUACUAAAGUUACUUGUGUUAUCAAGAAGAGUGUAGCAGCUUGUAUUUAUACCCAAUCAGGCUUUGUAAUGUUCUCUUCAAUGAGUGGCAUUACAAGAGGGACAAUGUCAUCUUGUACAGUCCUUGCAACCAAACCAAGGCAAGUGCCACCGGCCAUUGCAAGAUUCCAAGCAACUUCAUCCUGAUCCUGAACUUCUUCUUGCUUAAGAAGUGUCUCCAAUAGCAUAGGGACAAGUGCAGGGAGAGCCUGCUUGAUGAAAUUAUAGCAAGGAACAUCAGAAUCUGUGUAAAAUCACCCCCACAAUAUUCUAAAAUAUCAAUCUCCUCAGCACAGAUCGAGCUUCAAAAUUCAAUGGCUUGAAGAGCAACAGAACAAUUUCCCUUGGGAUCGACAGUAUUUGGAAACUUUUGUGAUCCAUGUCUACUUGAACUUCCCUUUGCUGGUAUGGAAUUCUCUGAUAAAUUCACAUUUUGGCUGUUCUAUUCAUAAGAUUGGAUUCUUCCGUGUUGUGUCAUUUGACAUUCUGAUAUCUUGCGUGAUGAGUACGGCUUACUUUUCCUUAUUGUGUGGUAUUCUUCUUUUCCCUUCAGUUUAUUUUUAUUUUCUUCAUGUUUUUGUUUCCCUUUCCACUUCUGUAACAUUUUGAAUAUGUGAAUAUCCUGGUGGAAAAAUUAUCCUAAUGUUUCAAGUAUUCCUUUUUCUGCAAGUGCAAGGAAGAUUAAGUGCAAGACAUUGUAGUAAAUAAGCUUUUCCUCAAGUUUAAGAUAUUAUCUUGCUCCUUCUAUUUCUUUUCUCGAGGAAAAUUCAAUUUUGUUCCUUUAUUAACUUUGUUUGCUCUAUCUGUCUCCUAUUAUUUGACCUUGCAUAUUCAAUCUUUAAUCUAUUGAGCUUUUAAGAUUCACCCAAUUUUUAAUGGAACUAAGUAAUUGAGCUUUGACCCGUUAACAACCCUUUUAAAUGGCAUAUGUCUUUUGCUGCACAUGCAAUACUGAUGUAGUCUGAGAUUAGCUGUCUCGCAAGUCUUUGAUACCUCUACAGCAUUAUCUAUCCAUCUCUAUUCACUGAGGAGUUGUUUCUUGAGAUAUUCAUAACGAUUAUGUUAUUGUUGAAAGUGAAGAAAAUCAUAAAGAAUAUGGCUGGAAAGGAACAGGAUUUGCUUUGAAGGGAAAAAGCAGCACGUAUCUAGGAUUAAGAAUAGAUGCCUUUUUUUUUUUUUUUUUUUUAAGAUGCUUAUUAAAUUUGUAUUUUUGGUGUAAAAGACAAGCUAUGAAAAAUAUUGAGCAGUAUAUGAAUUUCUUAGAGGAGACAGGGCGUUUGUAGUUUCCCUGGUAUGGCAGGGGCUGUUCUUGUUGUAAUCCUUUUAAUAAAAUUUACCUUAUCAAAAAAAAAAAUAAUGGAAAAUCAUAUUGAAUAUUGCAUAUAAUAUUCUUACAGAUUAUGUCAUACUAAUUAGGAAUCCAAGAUCUGAGAAACUUAUCUUAUUUAUGUACCCUAAAGCUCCUAUAUGAGGAGCCUUGUUUUAUGUACUAAGUUGUUCGCUAUCAAAUUCUACAUGAGUUUCUCCCUUUUCUCGUCCCAUGCAUCUUUGAUUCAUUUUAUAGACGAAGGUUUCAGUCUUGUUCAUUUUUCUUUUGGAGAUUGGACAAGAAUUAGUACCAUUACUGCAAGAGCGGCCUCAGGUGUGCUCUUUCUCAUUCCACUUUCUAAUAGAUAAGAUGUUAGUACUUCUUAUUUACAGAUAAAUUGGAGCGGUACAGCAUAGGCUAGCAUGAUCCCUGCGCAACGAUAACAUGCACCAAAGCAUAAUGGAUAGAUAAGUCACAUUUUUAAUCUUGCUUACUACUUUUGUCACUUAAAUGUCCUCACAGUUAUUUAACUGGUUAUCUGUCUUUUGUGGUCGAAUUUAAAGAAAAUUAAUGGAAAAGCUUGUACUUAGAAAGGGUAUCAACAUCAUUAUGCUUGUGUUUGCUGGACGUAGUGGUUCUUCAUUCUUUCGCUGGAGAAUACAAUGUAUAAUCCUGCUACGACAUUCAUUGUUUAAUGGAGACUAUUUAUCAAAGCAGAAAACUGUUUGUUUCUUUAAUGACUAACAAUGAAAGCUAGUGCAAGUUUGAUAUUAAGAAAUGCACUGAUGUGAAAAAUUAAAGAGGCAGUGGAGUUGGACCAGCAUAUUAAUCUUUUUGUUUGCUUGUUUGAUAAAUUAGCACAAGUUCCAAUCACUUUCAUUUAAAAUGUAAGUACCCUGAUCUCGUUUGGUAAGGGAUUUAAACUGCUUUGUUUAAUGCACUGGCCAAAUUGUGAUUUGUCGGAUUGUCAUACAUGUCCAUUUUUGAGAUCAUGCUUGCAAGAUAACCCUGACUGUGUGCGCCAAGUUGUGCUAUAUGAGCUUGUCUAAGAUAAUGAUUCUGUUUUUACUUGUUCAUUCCAUAGUGUUCCUCUAGCACAGACAAAAAGACACCAUCUCACAAAAAUAUUAAUGUACAAAAAUUAAGACAAACGAGGGUUGAGAAAAGGGUAUAUAUCAAACAUGGAGCAAAACCGGAGUUAUGGUCUUAACUAUUCAUUACCAUCAAAAUCUCAUCCUUUACAAUUAUCCAAAAACUAGAUUCAGUAAAACCCUAAUAACAACUAUUAAUACUAAGGGUUACUUAAGACAUAAGUAAUUAUCCAAAAUACACUUAGGCUAUAACUCUUAUUAAAUAAGCUUAAUGGACUAGUUAGGCGCCAUCCUUCUUGGGACAGCCCACUUCCUCCGUUGUGCUUCUUUAUAUUACUCUCUUAAGUCUUGGUCUCCUCUUUUGUAAAUAUCCAUUUAAGCAUAUUAAGGAUCCUGUGGUCUUCUCUUAUCAAAAGGAUCUUGUGGUCGCCCUUCCAAACUCUUCUAAAUCACGCUAAGCUCUUGAUGUUAAUAUGGAAGCCUCCAAUCUCAUGAGUGCCUCUCGUGCCUACAUCAAGUUAUUAUAAUAUAAUUAUGAUUUAUGGUGUUAGCCUGUGUGCAGAAAAUGUAGUGAUAUCUAUGUAAUGUGCAUAGACUUGAACUAAUCAUUUGUUUCUUUCUGUCAUAAGAGCAUCAAUGGAAGGUUACCUUGAUGCGUUUGAUCCAAAGAAGUCAGUCACACCGGCUGGAAUUUUCAGUACUCGAGCUGAGUGCACAAUUGAUAGCUGCCACAUCUUAAGAAGAUACAUUAGGUAGCUGAGAAGGAACAAAAGAAACUUGCUUAAUGAUACACCAUGAGAUGUCACUCAAUUGGAAGAGAUUGUUAUUCUCCUUUGCUAGUGGUGUCAACUCACGUUUCUUCUCAGUGAAUCCUUCAUCACAAGUUGAUGUCGCGUCCAUAACUGUCCUCAUGAAUAUAUUAGCUGCAUCAAAUUGCUUAUACAAGAAUGCGGCAAAAGCAUCCACCAGCAUGGCAAUAGCAUCUGCAUAAAGUUCCAAGCAAUCUCUUAAACAGUCCAUAGCAAAAGGUUCAAACUCUUUGCUGCUGAGCAUCUUCUCUAUGGUCGAAAUCGUGUUGGUAGCAUUUUUUAGAGCCAACUCCAUCGCUACAAGUCCUAUUCCUUGUAAGUUUGUAACAUGACUUGCGGGAAUUGCUUGGAGUGAAGUAACACAGAAGUUGUAGUUUAUGUCUGUUGACUUAUCUGAGCAUUCUUUGCAAGUUGAGUUGAUCAAGUCUAGCAGUGGUGGAGAAAUCAGGUAACAAUGUGUAGGAGUUACUAUUGUUAAUAGUAAGAAUAAGCAGCAAAGUGAGAGGGAAGAGAAAGGGCAAUGCCCCAUUAUUCUGAGUCUAAUGUUUUGAUGGUUUCUCGUGUUAUGGUGAAGUGAAGUCAUAUUUA